AUGGCAGAUAUUAAGUCAGCUCACAGCACAUCCUCAAAAGGUCAGUAUAUGAACCAAAUUGAGGAAUCCAGACCUAACUCAGAGCUCGUUGAAAGAACUAGACAGAUGUCUCUCAAUCGCAGAAAGCAUUUUGAAACUAGUGCAAUUGAUCAAGAAAAUGUCACUGCAGAGGGUAAAAGGUCCAAGAAAGCAAUAGAAGCUAUUGAGUUAAAGGGCAUUGUAAGUUCCCAGGAAGAAGUCCUUCAGAGAAAGUUUUUCAGGGCAAAAAGAUCAGACUCAACUACUCCAAUGUGCCAAAAUGGAAGUCAGAUCUAGACCUCAGUCAAUACUCACUCCAAAAUCAUCAACGGGGAAGACUCAUCCAAUCCAGACCAUCCUCCUCAAGGCCAAUUCAAAAUCGCUGGGUCCCUAACUCAACUUCAAAAUAGCUCACAGUCCUCCAGUAAUAGUUUGCCAUCAAUUGCUCCUAUCAAAUUCAACUUCACAAACCCUUUCACAAACUAGAGGACCCCAUCCUAAAUGUCUAACCAAGCUACCGUCGGGUCAGAUAACAUUCACUCCUAAGGCUUGAUAAGCACUCAAAGCAGCAAUUCAUAGACUAACGCCUCAGCCAAUCAGCACAACCAAAAUUAGUUCAAGUUCUAAGUCUCUUUCAACAAUCAAGGUACUGGAAGUACCGACAACUAGACCAGCAACUUAGACAACUACAAAGUAGGAUCUAGCUUGAGGGGUGAAUAGAAGUUUGUGGUCAACAAGGAUCUCUUCUCCAACCCACACAUCAGAAAUCCCUUCAACAAGUACAAUGAGACUAAAGAUUCUAACUCAGAGUCAGUGAAAUCAUCUAGAUCUAUUGAUGAGAAUCAACUUGUCCAGCAAAACCCUUUGAAUUCCACAGUAAGUCUCAGCUUCUAAAAAAAGCUAUCCACUAAUGUUGAGGACAGUCCUCAAAUCAAGAGUCUCUUUGAGUUUUAAGAGAAUGAGAGAUUCAGACCAGGUCCAGACUUCAAGCCUAAAUCAACCUUCAACUUCAGUGAAGAGAAUUUGUUUGGAAAGAAGCCAGAUGUGUCUGAAGGAGGGAAUGAGAGAGGCAUAGUUGUCAAGCCAAACUUUGCCAACAUGACCAACCCUUUCAAAAUUCCCGGUUCCACAUCCUCACUUUUCACAUCUGGCCAAUCCCUGUUCAACACCUCAAAUCUCACCUAGUCUAAUGGAAACAACAACAAUAGUGGAUGGAAACCACAGCCAAGCUGGCUCAAGCAGAAAACUGCCUCGAGCAACUCAUCUGCAGGCAAAUAAGCUGAGAACUAAGAAGGGGAAGAAGAUGAAAAGCUUGAACCAGAUGUCAAGGAGAAAAUUCAAACAAACUCCUAAUUUGAGAAGAUAUUCCAGAGGCAAAUACUCAAACUCAAAUCCCAGAAAGGCAUUGGCCAGCCAGACAAAAAGCCAGCUAAGAAGGAUACUGGGUUCUUGUCAAUCGAGAAAUUCAGAAGUCCUUAAUCCAGUGCCUCAAAUGAGAACAAGGCAGAGAACAAUACCCCUGUUAUUUAGCCAGAUCAAAUGCACUUCUUGGUGUUCAGAGACUUCCUAGGCAACCCUAAGUUCAACUCAGUAAUCAACAGAAAAGUUGCAAAGAUCAAGGAAAUCUCUGAUAAGUAGUAUCAGUUCAAGGUAAAGGUGGCAGUAUUAGUGAAGGACCUUGACAGCAAGCAGUAUGAAACUGAAUUUGUGGAGCUCAAGUUCAUCAAUGAGUCUGACAAAUCUGUUUUCAUGAAGGUUUUCAAGCAAAUUGCUCUGCUCAAUGAUUCUCCCAAAGGUACUCUCGUUGCUAAAGCCCAGUAAGAAUGA